AUGCCAUGGCAUCAAGCCUUAAAACUUUUUUUCAAUUGGUACCAAACCUAUAAUUUAUUUUUUUUGAUAUCACUCUUAUUAUUUAUUUAUCUUCCGCCGGUACUAAUAAGAAAUUCGGCACUUAUUUGCUGAUGUGGCUGCCGGAUUUACGAAAAAUAACACACCACUUGCCACAUAUGUUACUGACUCCUUCACUUUAUCCUAGUCAGCAAUUAACUAAAUAUCUUUAAUUUGAGCUAUAAAUUAAAAUACAUCGUGAUCAAAUUGUUUUCAUCCUCUAAUCUAACCCAAAAGUAACCGUUGAUACCAAACCUAAAAAAUCAACGUAAACCGCUCGAAUUCCACCUUCAUUGUCAACACUCUCUGAAUCUUUUGUUUAUUGUCUCUGACCUUCUGCUUCGUACCUGCACAUUGGGACAUCGUGGAACAAUGACACUCGACUGGCGAGCAAGGGAGAAAGCCAAAGACCCACCACUAUACGCGCCUAAUUCCGACUACUUCAGUUUGUAUUGGCAAUGAUUAUGGAGUUAAUGGUAGAGGUCAACCUAAGCUAUGGGAUAUUAGAGCUGUGGAUUUUUGUAGUUCAGAUAAGAUCUCUAGGAUAGAAAUAGAUUCAAUGGCUAGAGAACUAGGAUUGAAUCCUGAAAGAAAGCUUAUUAUUUGGAAGGAUCCUACAAAGAGUAUGAGUGAUGGGUUGAGAAGCCUUGAAACUGAUAGGGAUGCCUUAGAAAUGGAAAUGGCUGUGGAGGGUUCUAAAUUAAUGCAUAUAUUGGAUGAGGCUGUGAAAAAUAUGGAUGAUGACAGCUGUAAGGAUAGUGAGAAUAGUGAUGGAGAUUCAAAGGACAAUGAGUUUGUGGACUCUGAUUAUGACCUAAGGAAUGAAGAUGCUGAUGAUGAUGUCAUGUUUGAUGAGUUUGUUGAUAAGGAGCUUGAGAGGGACAUACCUUAUGGUUUUAGAAGUGCUAGGCAACCUGCUGAGGAGUUGUCUGAAGAAACAGAUGCCACAGUAUAUGGUCCAUCAGAUGAGCUGUUGUCAUGCUCCUCAUCUGAAGACAGUGAUGCAGAUUCAAGGAAGUAGAGAUGACCUGUGUUUAAUGAGGAGACUGACAUGACAAAUCUCAGCUUCAAGAUUGGAAUGCUCUUCAGUUCCUUCAAACAAUUCAAGGAUGUUGUUAAGAGCUUAUUAAUCAAAAGUAGAAACCGGGUUAUAUUUGGGCUAAAUACAAGGUAGAAAUUCAAGGCUAAAUGCAAAAAAAGAUGCUAGUUUUUCAUUUGGGCUUACCUGCUGAACUCAGACAAACAAACAGUGCAGAUCAAGUCAGCCAAUUUCACUCAUAACUAUUCAAGAGAGGCAUACAAUAAGCAUAUUAAUGCCAAUUGGAUAGCUCAAUAUUAUGUUGAAAGGUUUAGAGCUGAUUCCAGUUGGGCAAUUCAAGGGAUCAUACAAGCUGUGAAAGAAGAUUGUGGUGUUGAAGUGUCCAGACUGAAAGCAUAGAGAGAAAGAAAUGCUGCUUUGAGAUUUAUUAAUGGUGAUGAGAUAGAACAGCUUUCUAGCCUUCAUGAUUACAAGUUAGAACUCUUGAGAAGUAAUUCAGGAAGCAUAAUAGUUUUUUAUUUGAAUGAAGGUGUUUUUAACAGUAUGUAUGUGUGCUUUGCUGCAUUGAGGGAAGGAUUUAAGUCUUAUAGGCCUUUCAUAUCUUUGGAUGGGUGUUGGCUGAAAGGAGUAUUUGGAGGACAGCUUCUCACAGCUGUUGGUUUAGAUGCAAAUGACUGCAUCUAUCCAGUGGCAUGGUGUGUUAUGCAAAAAGAAAACAAGGAGAACUGGAAAUAGUUUUUGGAGCUGCUGGCUGAAGAUUUGGGGAUAACAAACAGUUAUCAUUGGGUGUUUAUGACUGACAAGCAGAAUGUAAAUACUCUUCACAAAUUCCUUUUCUAUUCCUUCAUAUAUUUUAGCAUAAUGGUAUUAAUUGUGUGUUGUUCUUUUGGAAUAGGGUCUUAUUCCUGCCAUUGAAGAACUAUUCCCUCAUUCUAAACAUAGGUUUUGUGUUAGACAUGUGCAUAAUAAUUUUAGAAAGAAAUUUAAUAGUCUAGGGUUAAAAGAACUUUUGUGGGGUGUUGUUAGGGCAAGUUAUGUCCAGAUAUUUCAAAUGAUAAUUGAGAAGUUUGCAUCAACAUUAUAUCAAGGACAUAACUACAUGAAUAGCAUCCCCCCCUCAUCACUAGUCUAGAUCUCAUUUUAGGAAUGAUGCUAAGUGUGACAUGUUGUUAAACAACUUAUGUGAGUGUUUUAACAAUUUUAUCUUAAAUGCUAAAAGCAAGGGUGUGAUAGCUAUGAAUGAGGUUAUAAGAACAAAAUUAAUGAAGAGGAUACAUAAGAACAUGGAUGCUAUAAAAAGAGUGGCAUCUGCUUACUGCCCUAAGAUCUUGAAAAAACUAGAAAAGUCCAAAGAAUUUUGCUAGAUGUUUACAACAGAGUGGUCUGGAGGUGAGAGAUUUCAAGUGGUUGGCCCAGGGGGACAGUUUGUAGUUGACAAACAAGAAAUGACAUGCACAUGUAAGAGGUGGGAUCUAACUGGAAUACCUUGUUGUCAUGCUGUAUGUGCAAUUUGGUAUAACAAUGAGAACUCUGAAUAUUAUAUACAUGACUUCUACAAGGUUGAAACAUACCUAAAAUACUACAGCCAUUUGAUUAAACCAACCACCAAUAAAGAAUUUUGGCCCAAAGUAACUGCCCCACCAGUCUUACCCCCCCAAACCAAUCAAACCUAGAAAAGGCAAACCUGCUAAAAAGAGAAGGUUAGAGGAAGAAGAGAUGAAGGGUCUGAUAAGAAAUGGCAAGGUCACCAAGAAGGGCUCUGUGAUGACAUGCAUAGUUUGUGGUGGUAAGGGCCAUAACAAGAGGUUUCAUGGUGCUGGUACUGGUGCUUCUACAAGGCAACAGAGGAGGAAAAAACUGCAUGUGAUGAGGAAGACAAAGAAACAACAAAAGAAAAAGGAAUCAAAUGCUGAAAAUACUGCACAGAAUGUUCAAACACAUGAAGAUGACCAACCUGAUCAUGUAGCUCCUACAGGCACAGCUCCUUUAGGAACAGCUUCAAUAUUUAACAAUUUAUCACCACUAAUACUAUUGUCACAGUUAUUCAAUGUAACACCAUCAACAAAAGAAGUAGAAAAACCUACAGUUCAGCUUGGCAUACCAGCUCAUUUAGUUGAUUGUGGUGAUUAUGCUUCACAAUGGAAAGCACAUUUACACUCUACUACAUCACCUUCAAAAGCUACGAGCAAGAAGAGUAAAAGCAUUAAUGAUUUAUUGAGUGAGCUGCCACCAGAUCUGGGCAUUGGAAGACUUUCACAAACACAUAAAGGAGGAACUGAAGCUAAGGGAAAAAAGACUUUCAAACCUCCAAGGUUGUUGAGCAAAGAUGUUGGGGCUAAAAGAGUUAGCACAAUAAUAAAAUCAGACAAAGAAAAAUAAAAGAUUGAUGGAAGUGUUUCAACAAAGAAAAGAGCUUGGGUGCCUCCAGGAAAUGCAAAGAACAAAGGAAUUAGAUUUGGAAACCCUAAAAAAUAAUGUUUAUUUUGGUUGUUGUGUUGUUAAUAUGUUAAUAUAUGUGUGGACCUAACAUGUGGUCGUUUGACAGAAUUUCCACAUCCAUAUUUUUUGUAAUGGCUUUUGACAGCUUUGGGUGUAGGGUUCAUGUGGAUGGAAUUUCCACAUCCAUUCAGUUUUUGUUUAAAGAUUUCAUUAUUUAAA